UCAUCUCUCUCUCAAAAAAUCAAAGUUGAAAGAACAGACAGAAACCCUAGCGGACUAGCCGCCGCACCCACCGCAACCACCGCAGCCCCACAGCCCCGCGGAACCCACAGACACUGGAUCUCCUCUCCUCUGCUCGAGUGUGCUUUCUCUCUGUUCGCCGGUGUCGUGCCGUGGAAGCUCCGUCGCCGUCGCAAGAGCUGUGUCGCCGUCGUAGGAAGCUCCGUCACCGUCCUAGGAAGCUGUGUCGCCGUUGUAGGAAGCUCCCUCGCCGUCGUGUGGAAGCUCUGUGGCCGUCGCCGUCUCCUCUGUUCAAGCGCUCUCUCUCUCUCUCUCUCUCUCUGUGUUCCCCGGUGUGGCCGUCUCCUUUGUGGUCGCCGUCACUCCCCUUCCUCCUCGCCGCCGGGAAGCAAAGUGAGAAGGAAAAUGGCAAUCUGAACCAGCAAAAGGAUUUCCGCAGCAUCAGCACGUGCUCACACUUGCAGGAACAAGAAAACUAACUCUUUUUCUGCCCUCUGGACUUCUUGGAACAGCGAUUAUAGUGUUGUUUAUUGGGUUUCUUUUGAUAUAUCAUGACGAAACGGUGCGUUUAUACGCGACAAAGUAGCGGGAAAAGAGCUCUACGUAUAUAGCAGCUAGACAAGCAGAGUGCAGUGGAGUGGAGUGCCAACUGCGAAGAGAACACUGAAAGAGAAAAAAAAUGGCGCCAAUCAUGCAAUCCUCUCAGCCUUGGGUCGAAAAAUACCGACCAAAACAAGUGAAAGACGUAGCUCACCAAGACGAAGUUGUUCGUGUCCUCACCAACACUCUCGAAACUGGAAGCUGCCCCCACAUGCUCUUCUAUGGACCCCCCGGCACCGGAAAAACAACCACUGCUCUUGCAAUAGCUCACCAGCUUUUCGGGCCUGAGCUUUACAAGUCUAGGGUGCUGGAGCUCAAUGCAAGUGAUGACCGUGGGAUUAAUGUUGUUCGCACCAAGAUAAAGGAUUUCGCAGCCGUCGCCGUUGGUACUACUCAGCGCAAGGGUGGUUAUCCUUGUCCACCAUAUAAGAUUAUUGUCUUGGAUGAGGCAGAUUCAAUGACUGAAGAUGCUCAGAAUGCCCUAAGGCGAACAAUGGAAACUUACUCUAAAGUUACUCGGUUCUUUUUCAUAUGCAACUACAUCAGCAGGAUCAUAGAACCACUGGCUUCAAGGUGUGCAAAAUUCAGGUUCAAGCCAUUGUCAGAAGAGAUCAUGAGCAACCGAAUACUGUACAUUUGCAAUGAAGAAGGACUCAAUCUUGAUGCUAAGGCUCUUUCAACCCUGAGUUCUAUCUCUCAAGGAGAUCUUCGUCGGGCUAUCACAUACUUGCAGUCAGCGGCCCGAUUAUUUGGAUCUUCCAUUUCUUCAGAGGACCUGAUUUCAGUAUCUGGGGUUGUUCCAGCAGAGGUAGUGGAGGCAAUUCUGAAAGCAUGCAAAAGUGGAAAUUUUGAUUCAGCCAACAAGGAAGUAAACAAUUUCAUUGCAGAGGGAUAUCCAGCCUCUCAGAUACUAACUCAGUUAUUUGAGGCCAUUCUUGAAGAUGACAUAUCAGAUGAACAGAAAGCAAGAAUUGCCAAGAAGCUGGGAGAAGCAGAUAAGUGUCUGGUUGAUGGUGCUGAUGAAUACUUGCAGCUUCUUGACACAGUCAGCACUACAAUGCAAGCUUUUUGUAACAUGCCGGAAGGAUUUGCUUAUGGGAGUUAGAUAUAUGAUAGAUAGCUGGUUAAAUCUAGAAGGGUCAAUUCGAGGAUCAAUAUUAUGAAACUAAACUAGAUUUGGACUCGGUUUUUUACUUGUUUUGAAUAGUUCAUUCCUAACAUUUAUUAUAUGAUAUCCCUUGUGUACAAAA